AUGGUUGCGUUGGAAUUCCUGAUUGAGAACAAAAAUACCGUGUGUUUCACGUUAUUGGUUGCUUUAGUGCUUUCACUGUACCUACUGGUUUAUUUAUUCUCUCAUACACCGAGACCGCCGUAUCCAGAGGAGCUGAAGUACACAGCCAUUGACGAAAAUGGCCUUAAAAUUACUCGUGCUUUACCUAACUUAGGUGAACAUCAGGAUGAUGAGGAUGAGGAAAUCUUUUUGUCUGUGAUUAUCCCAAGUUAUAACGAAACGGGUAGAAUUUUGCUAAUGCUAACAGACGCAAUCAAUUUUUUAAAAGCAAAGUAUGGCUCCAAGUGGGAAAUUGUCAUAGUGGAUGACGGUUCCACCGAUAAUACCACAGAAUACUGUUUGAAGAUUUGUAAGGAAACGUUCAAAUUGGACUACAGACAAUUCAGAAUUAUCAAGUUCUCACAAAAUAGAGGUAAAGGUGGCGCAGUGAGACAAGGUUUCCUACAUAUCAGAGGCAAAUAUGGUCUUUUUGCUGACGCCGAUGGUGCUAGUAAGUUCAGUGAUGUGGAGAAGCUAAUAGAGACCAUCAAAACUUUUGAAACUUCUGGUAUAGAUGUAAAGACAAUAAAACCAGCCGUAGUCAUUGGUUCCAGAGCACACAUGGUCAACACCGAGGCUGUCAUAAAGAGAUCCAUGAUUAGGAACUGUUUGAUGUAUGGUUUCCAUACCUUAGUAUUCAUUUUUGGUAUCAGAUCUAUCAAAGACACACAAUGUGGAUUCAAGUUGUUCAAUAAGCCUGCUAUAUUAAAUAUUUUCCCAUAUUUACAUACCGAGGGUUGGAUCUUUGACGUGGAAAUCUUGAUUUUGGCCAUCAGGAAAAGAAUCCAAAUUAAAGAAAUACCAAUUUCUUGGCAUGAAGUCGACGGCUCUAAGAUGGCCCUGGCUAUUGACAGUAUCAAAAUGGCGAAAGAUUUAGUCGUCAUAAGAAUGGCCUAUUUAUUAGGGAUAUAUAGAGAUGAUAAGAAAAGUUAG